AUGAGCGAGAACCAGGCCAAGUUUGUUGAGUAUAUCCAGAAGAACCAGGAGCAGCUGGUCGACACCCUCGCGGAGGCCGUUGCCAUCCCCAGUGUGUCGGGUGAUGCCUCGUACCGCCCCGAGGUGGUCAAGAUGGGCAAGUGGCUCCAGGAGCAGUUCAACGAGGUCGGCGCCGAGACCUCGAUGCACGAGCUUGGCAAGCAGACGCUCGACGGCAAAGAGAUUGACCUCCCUCCCGUGCUUGUCGGAAACUACGGCACGGACGCCAACAAGAAGACUGUGCUUGUGUACGGCCACUACGACGUGCAGCCCGCGCUGAAGUCGGACGGCUGGGACACGGAGCCCUUCAAGCUCGUGCACGACAAGGCCUCGGGCCGUCUCUACGGCCGUGGCUCCACCGACGACAAGGGCCCGAUCCUCGGCUGGCUCUACGUGCUGAAGGCGCACAAAGCGCUCGGCCUUGAGCUCCCUGUGAACCUCAAGUUCUGCUUCGAGGGUAUGGAGGAGAGCGGCUCGGUCGGUCUCGAUGCGUUUGUCGAGAAGGAGGCUGGCAACCUGUUCAAGGGUGUGGACGCCGUAUGCAUUUCGGACAACUACUGGCUCGGCACCGAGAAGCCCUGUGUGACGCACGGUCUGCGUGGCAUUGCCUACUUCAAGCUGGAGAUCAAGGGCCCCGCGCGCGACCUGCACAGUGGUGUGUUUGGUGGUAUGGUCCACGAGCCGAUGACCGACCUGAUCCAGAUCAUGUCGUCGCUCGUCACCCCCGAGGGCAAGAUCCUGAUCCCCGGCAUCAGCGAGCAGGUGCGCGCUCUUACCGACGAGGAGCGCAAGGUCUACGACGUGAUGGACUUUAGCAUCUCGGACGUCGACAACGCGACUGGCAGCUCGACCACCAUCUCGAACGCCAAGCCCGAGGUGCUUAUGGCGCGCAUGCGCAACCCCUCGCUCUCGCUCCACGGUAUCGAGGGUGCAUUUGCCGAGCCCGGCUCCAAGACCGUCAUCCCCGCUAAGGUCGUCGGCAAGUUCUCGAUCCGCCUUGUGCCCGACAUGCAGCCGCAGAAGGUCGUCGAGGCCGUGGAGAAGUACGUCGACGAGCAGUUCAAGAAGCUCAAGUCGAAGAACACCAUGAAGCUCAUGCCCGACCACCCUGGCAAGCCGUGGCUCGCGGAUCCCAACCACUGGAACUACGAGGCGGCGUUCAGCGCCACGGAGAAGAUCUACGGUGUCCGCCCCGACCUGACCCGCGAGGGCGGCUCGAUCCCGAUCACGCUCACCUUUGCCGACGCCCUGCAGAAGAACGUUCUCCUGCUCCCCAUGGGCCGCUCGGACGACGGUGCGCACUCGACGAACGAGAAGCUCGACCUGUCGAACUACAUCAAGGGCACCGAGCUGCUCGGUACCUACCUCUACGAGGUCGCUGCGGCUGCCGCCUAA